AUGUCACGACCCGCAUCGGUGGCUGGGCCGACCCCUAAUCUCAGCCAUGCCACGAGACCACCACCAAAGCCACGCCCAAUGUCACCUUCAAACAUAUCUCUUUUUGUUUCUAAUCUUCGCCUUCUCAACCUCGACCAAAGACAAGACUGGCCUGAUAUCACGGAACAAACUUUCGAUACUAAGGAUGCGCUUCAGAAUCAGAAGAAGCGUGUGUCCUGCACUGAAUGGUCACUUUAUCAUUUGUUCGGGGUCUGGGAUAAAGACACCACUCGCGAGAAAUUGCAACCCUUCUUUCCGCCUUUGGAGCCGAUACAAUCUCUGAAUCUGCGUGCCGCACUAUUCAGAUGUCUGAACGAGUUGAAAAAGAACGAUGUGUUAGGCAGAGAAGCUACACUACGCAAAACCAUGCUUGAUGAUUGUAAAGGCGACAAGUUCGAAGAGAUCUUGCUUCUGUUCUCUGCGGCCGUGGUUCGCAAGCAGAUUCUUUCGACUCGCCGUAAACAGCCUCUGUCUAUUGGCAGGAGUAUUGCCCUCGCAAAGAACAUCGACAAGCGCGAGCUGAGCACUAUUGUCCCCCUCUCUCUGGCAUACUGUGCAUCUUUGGCAAAGACUCUGCAAAGCCGGGCGACUCUGGAUCUCACGCUCGAUAAUUUCCGCACAUCGCUCUAUGAAAAGACCAAUGAUUACCACCAGCGUCAUAUUACGCUACUUGAAAUGCAAGAAGCAACUACAGAUAUGCUGCCAGCUGACGCCGAGACAUUGAUCAGACGCGAACUCCGUCAGAAUUGGGUUGGCAGCAUAGAAGGCUGUGACGCGCUGUUGGCGGGUGCUAAGGUUGCUUCUGCUGACGCCCACAUGGACUCGAGUUUUGAUGAUCUGUGGCAGCAUAUCCGACAGGGGACGCUUUCCCGAGUUCCUUCAGAAAGCGUAUCUCUGCUUGCAACUUUACAAUCUCGUGUUGUCGAGCAGAAUGAUCGCUUGCGUUUGUGGAAGACGUACAAGGAGGUUUUCGAAGAGACGAACAAGCCAGCAGAUUCUGUCCAAGACUCAGCUCUCUCGGUUACUCGAAACUCUACAGCAAAGAGCGAUGGGCUAGAUGUCUUUAACAAACAUAAAAACAUCGAUUCUGGACAAACGUCGUCUGACAUUGUGGAACAUUCCACGUCUGAAAGCUCAAUGGAAUACAAUCGAGUUGUCCAGGACAUGAAGCAGAAUUUGCUUGACGUGGUCAGGACAAAGAAAUGGAGUGGUCAAGCUUCAUAUCAUGCAGCACCUCCUUCAGCUGGUAUGGUACGGCGUGCAAACACCAUACUACAACAGGCAUCCAUACCAGUGUUCCUUGGAGGCGCAAGGGGACCUAAGGAGGACCUCUUCUCGCCACUCAAACAACCACUUCUUGAGUCUGCGAACUCGACACCAGUAAGCACCCGCAACGAGCGACACGAGACACACGACUGGCUGUCACGGACUCACAGCCAGCCCCUGGCCACGCCUCAGUCUGUGAGAACCGAGUAUGGUCUGCCUUCCGGUUCCGCGAUAAGGAGUUCUCAGGGCUCUGCUUUAGGACAACCCGAUUUUGCAGAACCCAGUCCCAGUGUGCAAAAAGAUCGAGAAAGAUAUGUCAAAGCCCAUAUCCCAAGCUCCCUAAGAAAGAGCGAGGCGACUCCAAUUAGCAAUGCUGCUUCUCCAGGGGGUAUAGCAUAUCUCAGAUCAGCCAACUCCGGACACAAUGGCUCGGCUGAGGAUCCCGUCAUAACGCUGGAACACAGGAUCGACGAAAUCACAUUGGAAGAACGUCAACGAUCAUCUCCAUCACCGGAGCUACCAGAAUAUCCACCGCAAGUCUCUCGUCCAUCGCCAGCGAUUUCAAGAUCGCCAGAGCGCCCCGACCUCUCCGAGCGGGCUCGCCUAUCCAUGGCCUCUUUCAGUAGUAGCAGUAGUAGUCGAUUGCUACCUCAAUCAGCCCCUGGUGCUCCGACAUCGUCCAUGGAUUCCGAUGCCGCACUCACGCAGUCCCGACGUGUCUCGCUGGCUGACCGUGCUCUGGCAUCCAUGAACCAGGCGUCUCUACACCCUCCACCUCAACGCUGCACUACAACCAAGGAGCGGCCCAAGUCGGCAUUCUUCCCCUCGAAUGCAGCCCAAUUUUCCACGCCCAUGAAGGCAAGCAGAAGCUCUCUUGGUGGCACACGUGAUACAACGCCCAGAGACAAAUUGUUUGAGCAAGACGCAGAGUACGCUAGCGUGUUUAAGUCUCGGCCAAAGAUUGCGAUGAGUCCUGUACUGUCACCGGAACUGGAUCUGCAGAUGGAAGAAGCGGAAGAGUUCAGUUUCGAGGGCGAUGUUGAGAAUGAAGAGAGUAUGAUGAGGUUAGAGAGCUCGCCACUGGGAAAGUUCGGGAUGUAA